GGUGACUCGUGCAACGUAUCUUACUAUAACGUUCAAGAAGUUAACGUCAGUGUUGGAGAAGUGGCUGAAAUGUCCUUCUGUAGACCAAAUGAUACCAGCGAGUGCUUUGGAUUUUAUCGCGUGACGAAAAAUUGGAAUGAAGUAAUUUUCACAUUGAACGCAGGAUCCGAAAGAGCAAACUGCAAUGCAGGGGAGAGCUUCUGCGAGCGGUCGAGGUUUUACAAGUACAAUGCAUCGCGUUUAUUGCUAAGUAUUAACGAGACCAAGUCUAACGAUGAAGGGUCCUAUGAAGUUCACGCUAAAUUCAAGAGUGUUUGCCGCGAUUACUUUGUCAAUACGACGUUGCACGUGAUACACCUGAAAGUCGACGGUGAGUGAGACAGUUUCUCUAUCAGUUAGUUUGUUGUUUGAUUUUUCAUCGAUGGCAUGGGUGCACUUGACAAAUAUAACGAUUAGAGUGAGGAUUUUUGAUUCGGCUAGUUUUUAUUGAAAGCAUAUUAUAAUUUUAAAUUACCAUCUACAGUGGAACCUCGACAUAACGAGCCUCUAUGUAAAGACGUCCUCGGUAUAUGUAACGAACUUGAACGCCGAGUUUUUUUACCCAGUAAUAGUGAAAGAACAUCGAUAUAACGAAACCUCGGUAUAGCAAACAAAUUCUGGUAGUCCCUUGGCCCUUCGUUAUAUCGAGCUUUCACUGUAUUCCAAAGUGAAUACAAGAAGAAAUCAAACAAAUAGAAACUCAAUGUCCUAAUCCAAAGAAUUUAAAUUACGCUGAACGUUUUCUGUUGAGAAUUUAAUGAAAUAUGGAAUGCUCUACGCAAACCGUUUGAAUCUUUUCGCGUUUAGUUUAGUUCCUUUUAUUUUAUUUUAUUCUCCCUUUUUCAGAAAAUUCAACGACUUCUUCAACCUCUGUAAUGUCAACCAGAGUUUCAUAUCCAGCCAACGGUAGGUUACUGUUUAGUGUUGUGGCGUUGGUCACAGACGUUAUAGCGUCAUGGUCAGAUCGAUCCAGGCCAGAUCGAUAG